AUGUUGAGUUUGAUGGGCGACAAUGCAAGCUCUAAUGACAUGCUGACAACAGAACUUGCCAAGUGCAUGGAUUCGUUCGGUGGCGCACUGAGCCGAACACGUUGUUUUCUACAUAUUGUCAAUCUCAUUGCGAAGUCCAUCAUCAAACUGUUUGACGUACCUAAAAAAGAGCAGGCUCGAUUGGAUGACGAGGCACCUGAA